AUGGCACCUGGGAAACGUACAGGCGCUGCCAAAGGCUCGCGUCACAACAAAAAGUAUUGGAGAAAGGGAACGGACAUUACCGAUAUUGAGGAUGCGAUUCACGAUCGUUCUCAUCAAGCAGCGACGGGAGGAAUUGUGGAGGAUAUGAAGGACGAGGAAAUCUUUGUCGUCGAUCGUCUACCCACCUCCAAGAAGACGGAAGAACCCCAAAGAACGCGAAAACAGCAGGCGGCUCUGGAGAAAAUCACGAGAAACAUCACUCAAGAGCAAGUUUCCCUGCCGAAACCCACCGGAAAAGUGCUCAAAAAGCCGGCGAAACUGCCACGUGGCAAUGCGAUUCUGAAGUUGAAGGCUGGGGUGAAGAAAGUGGCUAAACGGCAGGAGAAGGAGCCGAAAUUCGACGUCUGGAGUACAGAUUUGACGCCGCGGAUUCCAAAAGAGAAGCUGGAUAAUCCGGAAGCGGUGGAGCACUUUUUGAAGGUUGUCAAAAAGAAGCAGCCGAAAACGCCGGGAAAAUCCAUCACGACACUGCUUCCGGCGGUUGAAGUGGCACAGGGAGGAGCGUCGUACAAUCCAGAAUCCUCGGAAUAUCAAGAAUACGUCACACGGAUCGCCGGUGAGGAGCAGAGGCUGAUUGAUUCGGAGGAGAAGACGAAGCGAGGAAUCGAGCCGCAGUGGGAGAAGGUAAGCACGAAACAACUGCACAAAGAGCUCGACGAGGAGGAGAAGCAACGCCACGUGGAAUCGGAGGCUCGCAAGAAGAAGAAGCUGUUGAAUAAGCUCACGAAACGACAGAAGCUCGGACGUGGCGCGUUUGUUGAGGCGGAGGAUCCGUUCUUGCUGAAAGAGGAGCUGACUGGCAAUUUGCGACAAAUCAAGCCGCAAGGACACGUGUUGGACGAUCGAAUGAAGAGUUUGCAGCGAAGAAACAUGCUUCCGAUCGGUGGAACGAAGGCGAAGAAGCUGAAGACGAGUCUCAAGUCGAAGGUUGUCGAGAAACGAUCCGUGAAGGAGGUCGUCAAAGGAAGUCGUGUGAUUUGA